CGUGACUGUAGCUGUCGUUCGAUUACUGUCUGGUCACUUUUUCCAAGUCUAAUUAGUGAAGAUCACAACAAUUCAUGAUAUCAAGAAUUUGAAAUUCUAUGAACUAACGAAUAAUUUUGAAUUCAUAGAGAAGGAAUAUUAAAAUUCAAAUUUCUACCAACGAAACAAUUGGACUUAGAUUAUUUCUUCAAAUAAAGAAAUAAAAUUCGAAUGUCUACUUAUGAAAUACGUGUACUGAUGUGUUCGUAACAGAAUAUUUUUAAAAACUCAAAUCAUUUUUCUCACGGGACAAACAAACUCUCCAGCCCUGGCAAACAUUCGCCGGUUCAUGUUUUUCACGUGGAAGAAGACUCGCCUUGAGAUGCGGACUUUGUUCAAAGUCCUCAUCACGAUCGUCAUUUUCGUCUUCGUGGCUGAGCAGAUGAAGAGGCUGAAUGACGUCACACAAAAACCGAAGCUGUUGUCUCAGACGACCCGGCUGGAGCGUACCAUAUUGCUGAAGGGGGAGGCGAGCAGGAAGUCGUCUGCUGGUGAAGGAAAAGCUGAAGCAAGGGUCCUGACCGUCGCUACUGGGUCCGAUGAUAAACACCAAGAUGACGGGAAAGAUAAGGAAGAUGACGAUGAGGCUGAGAUGAGACGAUUAGAAAACUCGCCUUACAUUUACAACGAGAACAAAGAAAGGAUUAAAAUGUCUCGGCCGGUGGUAGAGAAGUCAGUCAAGUACGUCACAUACUUGAUGCCUUGGGGAAAGGAAUACCACAAACAUGGGUUCCAAGACUGCAUGUACAGCAGGUGCCAGUACAUCAACAACAUGUCCCGGGCCCACGCCGUGAUGAUCAAAGCCUCCUGGGUCAAGCUGUACAAAAUCCCCACCUUCCACCGCCCUCCUGGACAAAGAUGGGUGUUCUUCAACUUUGACCCGGCAGUAAAAAACUAUUACCUGGAGCGUGAGGAGGUCAAGUCUUUGUUUAACUGGACCUUGACCUACCAGCUGCACGCUGACGUCCCGUUUCCGUUUGGGCUGUUGGAGAAAUACCAGCCGCCAUACAAGGACAUAGAUCGAAUCUACGACGACAAGUCUAAGAACAUCGCAUGGUUUGUCAGCCACUGUGAUACCUGGGGGCUCAGGGAGGUCUACGUCCGCAGGAUGAGUUCCGUACUGCCCGUGGACAUCUUCGGCUUGUGCGGGAACUUGACCUGUGGGCUCAGACACCGGGACAACGACACGUCACUGUGUCUGCCCAUGUUGUCUAAGGAGUACAAGUUUUACCUGGCUUUCGAGAACUCCCUGUGCAAAGACUACGUAUCUGAGAAGUUUUUCAAACUCUUCAAAGACGUUGACAUCAUCCCUGUGGUUCGAGGCGGCUUCGACUACAAAAAAUACCUGCCCUCUGGGAUCUUUGUCGACGCCGCUGAUUUUUCUUCACCAGAAGAACUGGCCAGGUACUUGUUGGAGCUUGGGUCCGACAAGAAAAGAUACACAGAAAUGUUGCGGAGAAAGAAUAGGUGGCGCUAUGUCCCCGCGGGUAGGGUGCAAUGUGCACUGUGCGAGCGGAUGCACACAGACCAACGGAGUGCACGCAUUGAGAGUAUAAAGGACAAGUUUAAUGGAUCACCUUCAGAUUGUCACGAGCCUGCAGAUUUGUAGCAUUCUGCAAGUUCAACUGUGUCUAGUUCAUGUUUGUCUUGGCCUAGGCUUGGCCAUUUCAGUCCAGGCCAAAUCAGCUUUGUUGUCUACUUUAUUCCAUCUUUGCUCAGUUUAUUUUUGUAACGUCUAACUUGUCCAGACCAACUUAGCUCUUCUAUUUUUAGUAAAUCCAUCCGCAACUUAUCUAUUUUGUCCAGACCACCUUUGUUUGUCUAUUUUAUCAAAUCCAUCACAUCUAGUUCAUCUUGUCCAGACCACCUUUGUUUGUCUAUUUUAUCAAAUCCGUCACAUCUAGUUCAUCUUGUCCAGACCACCUUUGUUUGUCUAUUUUAUCAAAUCCAUCACAUCUAGUUCAUCUUGUCCAGACCACCUUUGUUUGUCUAUUUUAUCAAAUCCAUCCCCAUCAAGUCCAUGAAUUCCCAACUAAUUUUUGUCUUGUCCGUUUAAAUUAAACGUACCAUCAAAUCAUUACAUCUCACAGACGUGUAAGAGUCGAAUGUAUCCAGCUUAUAUCUACAGCUUAUUAAUUUUAAUUCAUUGUAAAAGUAACUGUCAAAUGUUCAUCUGCUGUGGUUCAAAAGACGUCUUGAAUUAAAAUCCUUUGACGACAUAUUUCACCGCCGCUUACAAUCUUGUGAUGUAUCUUUGCUCAAUUGUAACGGAGUACAUUGAAACUGUUAUUGAGAGUAAAAGCAAUCAUUUUUCAUGUUCGUUUGUGAAAAUAUGCUAGUAUUGUUGGAAUUAUUUAUUUUAAUUAGCUAGUUUGUAAAAAAAAGUGCAUGUAUUAUUAGGAUUAUUUAAUUAUUUAACUAGGAAAUAUAUUGAACUUUCAAUCUCUGA